AUGUGUUCUGGAUCUCGUCUUAUUGCUAUUCCCGUUGAUCGCGAGGUUUUACCGGAUAAUAUCGUGCCUACGCAUUAUGACCUUCACUUGAUCCCUGAUCUCGAGAAGUUUACUUUUGAUGGUGAGGUUGCUGUGGAUUUGGAUGUUCAGGAGGAGACUACCUCCAUUACUCUCAACGUUCUUGAUGUCAAGAUUCACAAGGCUACGCUCUCCGCCGAUGGCUCUACCCAGGAAUCCAAGGAGGUCGAGUACGACGAUGACCAGCAGACCGCUACGAUGACUUUCGGGUCCGCUGUCCCUGCCGGUGGAAAGGCUACGCUGAAAAUGUCCUUCACCGGUGAACUUAACAACCUCAUGGCCGGUUUCUACCGUUCUGCGUACAAGGAUGCCGAGGGUAAGACCAACUACAUCGCUUCCACACAGAUGGAGCCUACCGACUGUCGCCGUGCGUUCCCCGUCUGGGACGAGCCCUCGCUCAAGGCUACCUUCGCUGUUCACAUCACCGCCGAGGAGCACUUUACCGUUCUUUCCAACAUGCAGGAGGUCGCGUCCAAGAAGGUCGAUGGUGGUAAGAAGACUGUUUCGUUCGCUACUACGCCUAAGAUGUCGACGUACCUUCUUGCCUGGGUCGUUGGUGAUCUUCGUUACAUUGAGACUCAUACUGCUGGUGAGCAUGGACCUAAGAUCCCGGUCCGUGUUUACACCGUGCCCGGGUUGGAGGAGCAAGGCCGCUUUUCGCUUGAUUUGGGUGCUAAGACUCUGGAUUUCUUCAACAAGGAGUUCGGGACGCCGUACCCCCUCCCGAAGAUGGAUUUCGUCGCUAUCCCUGAUUUCUCUGCCGGAGCUAUGGAGAAUUGGGGCCUCGUCACUUUCCGUACUGUCGAUCUCUUGUUCGAGGAGGAGAAGUCCGGUGCAGCAACCAAGCAGCGUGUCGCCGAAGUCGUCAUGCACGAGCUCGCUCACCAAUGGUUCGGUAACCUCGUCACGAUGGACUGGUGGAACGGUCUCUGGCUCAAUGAGGGUUUCGCGACCUGGAUGUCAUGGUAUUCUGCUCACCACUUCUUCCCCGAGUGGAAGGUGUGGGAGACGUAUGUCACUGAUAACCUCCAGUCCGCGCUCCGUUUGGAUGGAUUGAGGUCUUCGCACCCGAUUGAGGUUCCGGUUAAGCGGGCAGAUGAGAUUAACCAGAUCUUCGAUGCGAUUUCGUAUUCGAAGGGAUCUUGUGUCAUUAGGAUGGUUGCGCAGUAUAUGGGUGAGGAUGUUUUCAUGCAGGGUAUUCGUAACUACCUCGCUAAGCACGCGUAUGGAAACACCCGUACGGAGGAUUUGUGGGAGGCGUUGGCUGCGGCGAGUGGGAAGGAUAUCGUUGCUGUUGCGGAUGUGUGGACGAAGGUGCAGGGAUACCCUGUUGUUAACGUUACUGAGCAGGACGGAAAGGCUGCGAUUAAGGUUGAGCAGCACAGGUUUUUGACGACGGGUGACGUUAAGCCCGAGGAGGAUGAGACGUUAUACUGGAUCCCGCUUGGGUUGAAGACGUUGGAUAAGGAGGGUAAGCCGCAGGUUAGCGACAAGCCGUUGUUGGGUCGUGAGCAGACUCUUGAGAUUGGAGAGGAGACGAAGGGCUUCUUCAAGGUCAACACUGAUCAUGCUGGUAUUUACCGUACGGCGUACACCCCGGCUCACUUGGCUAAGCUCGCCAAGUCUGUGCAUGAGCACCCCUCUGCGCUUUCCGUCGAGGACAGAGCUGGUUUGGUUGCUGAUGCGGGUGCUUUGGCUGCAUCUGGCUACGGGAAGACGAGUGGGUUGUUGACCUUGCUUGAGCAGUGGUCUUCGGAGGAGAAAUUCGUUGUUUGGGAUGAGAUGCUCGGUCGUCUUGGCUCUGUCCGUGGCGCGUGGAUGUUCGAGGAUGAGAAGACGAAGGCCGGGCUCAAGGCUUUCACGAAGCAGUUGUCUGAGCCCAAGGCGAAGGAGUUGGGAUGGAUCUUCACCGCUGGCGAGGAUCAUGUUCAGCAGCAGUUCAAGACGCUUGUGUUUAACUCUGCUGGUCUUGCUGGGUCGAAGGAGGUUGUCGAGGCUGCGAAGGAGAUGUUUAAGAAAUAUGCGGAGGGUGACAAGAAGGCUAUUCACCCUAACUUGAGGGGUGGCGUUUUCGCUAUUGUGCUCGAGGAGGGUGGUGAGAAGGAGUGGGAGCACAUUAGGUCCGUGUACUUGGACCAGAGCAAUGCGGUUGAUGAGCGUAACACUGCUUUGCGUGCGUUGGGACGCACGAAGGUUCCUGAGUUGAUCCAGAAGACGGUUCACAUGUCGCUUUCGCCUGAGGUCAAGGAGCAGGACAUUUACCUCCCCCUCACCGGUGUCCGCAACUCCGCCGAGGGCGUCCGCGCUCUCUGGGCUUUCGCCAAGGAGAACUGGGAAGCAAUCACUGCCCGCAUUCCGGCCGGUCUUUCUCUCUUGUCUGGUGUUGUCCAGAUUGUUACGAGCAGCUUCACGAGACAGGAGGAUAUUGAUGACAUUAACAGGUUCUUCAAGGAGAAGAGUACGAAGGGAUUUGAGAUGGCGCUCGCGCAGAGUUUGGAUACGAUCAAGGCGAAGGAUAGUUGGCUUAGCAGGGAUACUAAGGAUAUUGAGGACUUCUUGAAGGGGAAGAAGUUGCUUUAA